AUGGCCGUAAAGGAUUUCCAAUUCAAAUCGGCGCACUGGUCCCGAUACGUCCGAUGCAGCUACAGCGAUUCAAAACAGGGCGCUUGCCAAAAGCUGGGAGGUGAUGGUGACUGAACGGAGACUCUGGUGAAAUCUCGAUUCUUAUUGGUCAGAAGGCGAUCAUUAAUUUCCGAUAGCAGCAGCUCGAAGAAUAAAGGCCGGCGGCAAGGCGAAUAACACUGUCCUCAUUCUAAUGCGUUAUCAUUCAGAUGUAGGACUUGUAUGUUAAACGUUUUCGUAAUUGAUGGAAGGAGUCUCCAGUGUCAGUCCAGCUUCAGGAAAGCGGAGUUGUCGGUAAUAGGACAGGCUGCAUUCUGGACGUACUACUGCUUUAUAGCUUUAAAACUAGCUUGUUUUGUGGAUGUAACUAUAAACAGAUAAAAACUACACGUUAACUCAGAGUGUCCGAAGAUUUUAAUGUCAAAGGUUAGGUAUAACGAAAUCCAUAGAGCUGCCCUGUAUGCAUGGCGAAGAAAUAAACCUGGAUCAGGUUAAAGAAACAGAGGUACCUUUUGGGGAGAUGUGAUGUGGGAGGAUCUUAAAGUAGAAACAGUCAAGUCAGCAAUUCCCCUGCCUCUCUACCAGCAUGCGAGCAGGGGCAACUCUGCACUUCUCGCUCUUUCUGCAACGCCCACCCUCCACUCCUCUACCAGUCUUACAAACUCACACACACACACAUCUUUCCGCUCCACUGACAGCACGAGUUCGGACUCUGUAGAUGCUGCAUUGGAUCAGCGCAGGUGCUUGUACAUCCUCUCACUGCACCACUGUGCCCGAGAACCGGAAUAAUCUUUUAUAAGACAAGACGGGAACAAAAUACCGGCUGCAGUUUAUAGGCGUGUAAAAGGACGACGGAAGGGGGAGGGAAAGCAAGCGGAGGUGCAAAGAAAUGACAGACAGGAGAUGAAGAGAAGGUGUGCACUGAAGAUGCGUGAAGCCGCUCUACUGUCCUGUACGCCGCCGCUGCUGCUGCUGCUGCUGCUGCUUCUGGUCAGGUGCAUCAAUGCAGCAUGUCCCUCUGUAUGUUCCUGUAGCGAAAGCGACAGGGAGGUAGACUGCUCCUGGAGAGGACUGAGAACCCUUCCCAGUGGCUUCCAACUCAACAUCCACUCUCUCAAUCUGUCCCACAACCGUCUGGCUGACCUGGACCACGUCCUGGCGCCCUACACCCACCUGCGCACCUUAGACGUCUCUCACAACCGACUUUCCCGCAUGCCUGCCUUGUUGCCCCGCUCGCUGUGGGAGAUUUACGCCUCAGGCAACCGCAUUCGCCUACUGGAAAAGAACGACACCGCUUACCACUGGAACCUGCGUCUACUGGAUCUGUCUGCAAACAGGCUGGAGCGUGUUGUGUUCAUAAACAAUACGCUGCCCAGCCUGCAGGGUCUCAACCUUAGCUGCAACAAGUUUUGGACCGUGCCUACUAACAUGCCCCGGAACUUGGAGAUGGUGGAUCUGUCGCACAACACACUGGUACAGAUAUUGCCCGGGUCGCUAGACCGCUUACCCAGGCUAUCACGCUUCUACCUACAUGCCAAUCGCUUUUCCACAGUGUGUGAAGGUGCCUUUGAGCAACUUCAUGGAUUAAGAUUCAUCACGCUGGGAGACAACCCAUGGGCCUGUGAUGACCACGCCAACAUCGAGUAUCUGCUAGACUGGGCCAAGCACACUUCAGCCCGUGUGCUUGGUUGUCCGUGCCCCACGUGGUCAAUCUGUGGAGAUGCUCAGCUUGCUAGGGUGACAUCAGGGUGGUACUUUGCCUCCUACACAUUUGCUCCACGUGGAAGAGUGGGAUGGGAGUUCAAUCGUCUCCAGUAUGGUGUGACCACCCACUACAGGUCUGAAGACGUUCUCACUGGCACUCAGUACACCCGGAAGGCCCCGAAACUCUCCGGUCAUCCGGGUGACGACGAGGAAUCUUUUGAGCACGGUUUCCUUUUGACAACUACUCCGGAAAGCCUUUCCGCCACAAGCCCGCACAUCCCGGCAGAUACGCCGGUCACAGAGGAUCCCCUCACUACCGGUGGAGUCUCCACUUCAAGCACACGCAGGACAACCACUCUUCGCACUAGGAGUGUCAGGAGAACCAACCAGAAGCUUGGCAGAAAUGCGAGCCCAGAAAACAGAGCUUGGUCUAUGCUCACACUUUGUCUAAGUGUGCUCUCACUGAUAACUACUGACCCCACCAUGUGAGACACCUCUACAGCUUCGCCUCCAUCACCAUCUUUCUAAAAGUUCCAACAACAUACUGCAUUUCCAGUAACCUCCAUGCUCUGUAACUGCUCCUGACUGCAAUAGUAUUAAUCUUACAGAUGAACUGUCUGUACAUUAUUUAUUUCAAAACGAAACGUAAGAUUACGCUCAGGCACCAACGGAGCCAGGCUCUAAAUCACGGCGGCAAUUCUGGGAAAUCUUUUAGCACAUAGUUUUAAUAUUAGCUUUAAUCCCUGUCAGGAAAACACAUGGAGAAGAUUCGGUACCAAACAGAACAGCCACGGCGCCGGGGAAAACCGUGGAACGCAGUACAGACAGUAUAGAUUUGUGACACGAGGACAAGGUUCGCUUCAUCUUUAUCUUCCAACCCCGACUCACGUGAACGCCAUCCCCUUUUCACCGGUGUGUUGCGGUCGUGUCCUACCGGUAUGGAAUCGCUGUCCGAUCACAGAGAUAAGCUGUAUUUAAGCAGGUGUGGUUGUAAUUGAGGAAAAAGAGAGGGGUAUAACUGAAAGGACAAUUUUCCCGGAGGUGUCUUCCUCGUAAAGGACCCUUUUAUAAGGAAAAUACACAAACCUAAAAUAUAUAAAGGCUUUUAUACGCCUAUAUACCCCUUUACAGGCUCAUUGUUAACCUUAAACAUUUCAAUUUUCAGAAACAUGUCAAAAGUGAAGGUUUCGCUCAGCAGUGUGGCACAUACACCGUUAUCUACCUGGUACGAAAUCUUCUCCAUAUUUACACACUGCUACAAAUCUUUCUUUUUUUAAUAAAAAAAAAAAAAAAAACCACAAUAUUUUGGUUGAUAACUAGAACUUUGCUUAUCUGAGAUUCGUCUGAUAACGACUAGCACUUCGAUGUAGUUUUCCGGCAUGGCUGCUUCGGUUGUAUAGGUGAUGAAGAUUAAAUGUUUUUACAUUUGCGACAAAGGAGAUGUGUGUGCUUAUUUACCAAAACAAAUCCCUUUUUUCUAAUCCAAAAAUGGGUGCGUAUCCCGACCGAAACACGGCGGAUUUACAUCAAAGGCAAAAACACGAGGCCCCGGAUUUAAAAAGGAAAAAUUUUUGUUUAACUAGCAGUCCCAUUUUCCGACAGACGCACCAGCAGGGGGAGGAAGAAACCCGAAUUAGUGUAUUUCUGAUGAGUAAAUGGGUUGGACGAGGUCACCUCUGAAUGGACUUUUGAUUUUAGCUGUAUACAGUACCGUACCAUGAUAUU